GGGAUGAAGUUAGGACGACAAGGAGAAGAUUAAUAAUGGCGUCUGCAGUAUCACAGGUACCAUGACGAAGAAAAGCUCCAGUGAAAGAUGAUCCGUUGCUGCUGUGUCGCUCUGAUCUUGAGAGCGACUCCGAAGGGACACAAUUUGCCCACACAACGUCGCUAUGUAGGCAAGAUAGCCGACAGAAUAAUAGGCGAAAUUGGUCUCAAACAACAUGCUGUGGACGUGCGCACUUGCGUUGACCUGUAUAAUGAAUGGAGACACACAAAGCCCUUCUAUAGGAAUGCGCCGGACAACGGGAUUGUGGUCAACGUCCCAUAUGUUUCCACGUUGACGGACGACGCGUGUUCCUCGGAAAGUCCACCGUUGGCUGUGCUUCUUCAUGGGGCUCCAGGAAGUUUCUGGGACUUUUCAGACAACCUCAUUCCGACUUUGCGCGGACAAGGCGUGGACAUCCUCGCACCCAAGCUUCCGAACCUGGCAUUUAGCGCAAAGAACACAUUCUUCUGGCAUACUGUUGAAGAGAGAACAGCUUUGCUCAAGGAUUGGUUAAUGCAAUUAGGCGUCAAAAGAAUCGACACGCUCGUGGCACACAGCGCUGGUGUUUACCCAGCAAUGCGUAUCAUACUGGAGGGAGUGGCAGAAGUGAAGUCGCUGGUGCUGUUGGCUCCAAAUUCGCAUUUGUCACCUCGCGCAGUGGAGCCAAUAUGGCUUACAUCCCGACUAGUGUCUGCCUACAAGUAUCCAUCGCUACGUCCUUGGAUCAGACCACUCAUCUGGACGCUCCUUCAUAUCGGGCCGGCACCACUGAAGCCCGUCAUUGACGACGUCAUGCUGUCACUCAUCACUUUCAUGGAGUCCCGUUACAAAGAGGGCGACAAACUCUUGAAACAGAUCGCAGAACGCCAUCUUCCGACGCUUGUAAUUAUAAGCAAGAACGAUCGGCUGCUACAGUACAAAACGCUCACUGCCGUCUGCGAAGUCUUGGGCAGAAGCGAGGAAGACUUUUGGUGCUACGAUGACGACCUUCACUUGAUAUCGAAAGGCACACAAGACAGCUGGCCGAAAGUCGUUUGCUUCGAUAAAGGCACUCAUUUUCCGUUCAUUCGUUACCCGGACAUCUGUGGACGAGAAGUGGUGGAACUGCUUGGAAGGAUUGGUUCCCUUCCUGAAGAUUCACACCAUUUGACACCGGACUUUGAAAGCUCAAGGACCGAAACCAUCACGGAAUAAUAGCAUUUCAUUGCUUGCUUUGUAGCGUUCACGUCGUUUCCACUGGACGACUAGAAUAUACCAACGCUGUCACCAUCAUCAGUAAAAUGAAACACACAUGCGGAAACUUGCAA